AUGGCUCUUCAUGUUCUAGGUUUUCUUGUGGUUCUUGGUUUCAUCCACUCUCAAGCAGCGUUGGUUCCAAAAACUUAUGACUAUGAGGUUAAAGAAGCUAACUUCACAAGGCUAUGCAAGAACAAGACAAUCUUAACUGUUAAUGGAGAAUUCCCUGGUCCGACUAUUUAUGCUCGUAGAGGAGACACCGUGGUUGUUAAUGUUUACAACAGAGGCAACCUUGGCAUCACCAUUCAUUGGCAUGGAGUGAAGCAACCAAGAUAUCCAUGGUCGGAUGGACCUGAAUUUAUCACACAAUGUCCGAUUCAACCAGGAGCAAAUUUUAGCCAGAAAAUCAUUCUUUCUGAUGAAGAAGGCACGUUAUGGUGGCAUGCCCACAGCGACUGGUCUCGAGCCACCGUCCAUGGCCUAAUUGUUGUAUGGCCAAAGAUAGGAAGACCUUACCCUUUCCAUAAACCCUAUGCCGAGUUUCCCAUCAUCCUAGGUGAAUGGUUUCGGUCAGAUGUUGAGGCUGUGUUACUAGACUUCAUGAGAACUGGAGGGGACCCUAACUCAUCUGAUGCUUUAACUAUCAACGGACAACCCGGUGAUCUUUACCCUUGCUCUAGUGCAGAAACAACAAAGUUCAUUGUUGAACAAGGAAAGACAUAUAUGCUCCGAAUGGUUAAUGCCGCUAUGAAUCUCUUUAUGUUUUGGGCAAUUGGAGACCAUGAAGUUACUGUUGUAGGAACCGAUGGUGCAUACACCAAACCACUAAAAAGCGACUACGUGACCAUCUCUCCUGGACAAACCAUUGAUCUCUUGUUCACAGCCAACCAACCAAUAGGUCAAUACUACAUUGCGGCUAAACCCUAUAAUAGCCAACCAGCAAUUAGUUUUGAUAACACUACCACCACAGCCAUUAUCGAGUAUAAAGGCUACAAAAAAUCUUCAAGGAAACCAAUUUUUCCCCAUCUUCCUAAGGUUAAUAGUACUAGUGCAUCUGUUAACUUCACUGGUAGCCUUAGGAGUUUAGCUAGUCGUGCUCAUCCUAUUGAUGUUCCAUUGAAGAUCACACAUAACUUCUUAUUCACCAUCUCGUUGAACACAGUGCCAUGUGCUGAUAACACCUGUUUAGGACCUAGGGACGACUUCCCAAAUUUCCCACCUUUGUUUUUUAACUUCACCGCAAAUAAUUUAAAUAAUUCGUUGGAGACUCCAUUGAAUGCUACAGAGGUGAAAGUACUCGAGUACAACGACACAGUAGAAUUAGUGUUUCAAGGAACAAACUUGGUUGGAGGAAUUGAUCAUCCAAUGCAUUUGCAUGGACAUAGUUUUUACGUUGUUGGAUGGGGAUUUGGCAACUUCAAUAGGAGUAAGGAUACUUUGAGUUAUAAUCUUGUUGAUCCUCCUCUUCAACAAACCAUUGCAGUUCCUAAAAAUGGUUGGACUGCCAUUAGAUUCAAGGCUGAUAACCCUGGAGUAUGGUUAAUGCAUUGUCAUCUCGAGCGUCAUAUAAGUUGGGGAAUGGAGGCGGUGUUCAUUACAAAGAAUGGUAGUAGGGCAGGGGAAUCGAUGUUGCCACCGCCUCUAAACAGGCCAUCCUGCACUUAA